AUGUUGUGCGCCAUUCUUCUUUGUUUAUCGGACUGGUCUGCUGCUCAGAUUUCCUACUCUGUUUCCGAGGAGGUGGACAAAGGCACAGUGGUGGGGAAUCUCGCUAAGGAUUUAAGCGUUCCGACACAGCAGCUGGAGGAACGAGGUUUUCGGAUAGUAUCGGGAUAUAGCAAGAAAUAUUUCGAGGCUAAUUUAAGAACGGGAGCUUUGUUUGUGAACGAAAGGAUAGACCGCGAGGAGCUUUGUCCUAAUUUACCUAAGUGUUCCUUAAAUAUAGAGGGGCUCCUCAACGAUCCUAUGAAUAUAUUUCGAAUUGAGGUUAGUAUUGUAGACAUCAAUGAUAAUGCACCAUCAUUCCUCGAAAAUAUCCAUGUGUUUAAUAUCUCCGAGUCCUCUUCAACGGGGGAGAGGUAUCCACUCCCCGUGGCUCAAGAUGCAGACACUGGCAGCUUCUCGGUGAAAACGUACAAGUUAAGUCCUAAUGAGCAUUUCUCCGUAGAUGUGAGCAGCGGAGGAGACGAAGUGUCUGCUGAGUUAGUGCUGCAGAAAGCUUUAGAUAGAGAAAAACAACCUAUUAUUAAACUAACAUUAACCGCUGUAGACGGAGGAAAACCUGCGAGAUCUGGCACUAUGCAAAUAAUAGUGCAUGUAAUCGAUACUAAUGAUAACACGCCAUCUUUCAGCAAGUCCCUUUACAAAGUAAGAGUCAGCGAAAAUGCACCUGUGGGGACAACGAUAUUGGCACUAAAUGCAACAGAUCUUGACGAAGGUCUGCAUUCAGACAUCGGAUAUUCUCUGAUGAAAAGAGGCAAUACUGAUUCUCCAGGUAAAUUCAUAGUUAAUCCUGAAAGCGGUGAAAUCAUUGUUGAUGCUAAUUUGGAUUAUGAGGAAAGCAAUGCUUAUGAGUUAAGAGUAAAAGCAACAGACAAGGGCUCCUCCCCUCGUAGUGGUUACACGAAAGUGCUUGUAGAGGUUGUCGAUGUCAAUGAUAAUGCACCAGAAAUCUCCGUAACUUCACUGAUGAGUCCAGUGAAGGAAAGUGCAGAAAUCGGAACAGUAGUUGCGUUAGUGACAGUGACAGACAAAGAUGGAGGCCCAAAUGGCAUUACAACUUGUAAAAUCAAACAUUCAGUCCCAUUUAUUCUGACUUCAAAUUACAAAAGCUAUUACUCUUUAACAGUAGAUGGUAAACUUGACAGAGAGAGUGUAUCAAAGUAUAACGUAACAAUAACUGCUGUAGAUGGAGGAAGUCCGCCCCUUUCCAGCACCACUGUACUCACCGUGCAGAUUUCUGACAUUAAUGAUAACGCACCACAAUUCCAAGAUUCCAAUAUUAACGUUUACCUCCGGGAGAAUAGUGUAGUGGGGGAUAUUAUAACGACAAUAAAUGCACAGGAUGCAGAUACGAAUGAAAAUGCUAAACUGACGUAUUCGAUAAUUAAUAAUAAUACCAAAGGUGUUCCCAUUUCAACCUUCGUAAAUAUUAACUCAGAGACUGGAGAUAUAGUCAGCCUGCAGUCUUUUAACUAUGAGGAGUUAAAAACGUUUCAGUUCAAAGUUCAGGCCACAGACUCUGGUGUUCCUCCGCUCAGCAGCAACGUGACUGUGAACGUUUUGAUCCUGGAUGAGAAUGACAAUAAUCCAAAUAUUCUCGCACCCUAUUCUGAGCACGGCUCCGUUAACAGUGAGAGCAUCCCCUAUUCUGCUGAAGCGGGGUACUUUGUGGCAAAGAUCAGGGCUGUAGACACUGACUCUGGAUACAACGCGCUGCUUUCUUAUCACUUUGAGCCCAAAGGAAACAACCUCUUCCGGAUCGGAACCAGCACCGGAGAAAUCAGGACUAAGAGAAGGAUGAGUGACAAUGACCUGAAAACUCACCCCUUGGUGGUGUCGGUCUCUGAUAACGGAGAACCCUCCCUGUCAGCUACUGUGUCUAUUGAUGUGGUGGUGGUUGAGAAUACAGCUGACAUCCAGACUCAGUUCAGACAUGUGACCAUAAAGGAGGAGAGCUUCUCUUCUUUGAACCUCUAUCUGCUCAUCGGCAUUGUGGCGGUGUCAGCCAUCUUCCUGCUCAGCCUCAUCACUUUAAUAGCUGUCAAAUGUCACAGGACAGACGGCUCCUUCAGCAGAUACGGGGCCCCAAUGAUCACCACCCAUCCAGACGGGAGCUGGUCUUACUCUAAAUCUACUCAGCAGUAUGACGUGUGUUUCAGCUCAGACACCCUCAAGAGUGACGUGGUGGUUUUCCCCGCCCAGUUUCCACCUAUAGAUGGUGAACUCAUCAGUAUCAAUGGAGGAGACACUUUUACCAGAACUCAGACUUUACCUAACAAGGAACAGGUAUGUUCACUUUUCAAUACACUGAUCUAG